AUGGCUGAAUACAAUGGCCGCCGGGCGCCCAACUUCUCGCAAUACCUGAACGACCUGAAUGCCAUUCCCUCGCCCUACGAUGUCGCGGUGCAACAGCAGCAGCAGGAUGAGUUCAACCUUGACCACGACCUAUCGCUUUUCACCAACACGGAGUUUUUCGAUUUUGACCUAAAUCUUCCGUCGUUCGAACCAGUCGAGGAGAACAAGCGCAAUGGGAACCAAAAUCCUGACAUGGAAUUUUUGGAUAUUCUGGGUGGUGAUGGGUUUGGCAACGUCAACGACUAUGCCCCUCAGAUGAACUCCAUGAACAACCAACCCAUGCCCGUGCAGAAUACUCAGUUCCACGCCGUACCGCAAUCGCAAAUUCCGAGCGCGCUGCCCAACGUUCACCCCCAGGUAAAUCAGCCUGCUACCUCGCCGACUUCGGCCUCCCCAUCCCAAUCGUCCGUUGUCGCCCCAAGUCCUUCGAGCGUUACAUCCCCCGCAGCCCCCGCUCCCGGCCCUAAGCGCAAGAAUACCCAGAAGACUGCGCCCAUCAGUGUCGAGGAGUCUGCGCGGGUUGCCGCCGAUGAGGACAAGCGCCGCCGCAACACUGCCGCCAGUGCCCGCUUCCGAGUCAAGAAGAAGAUGCGCGAGCAAGCCCUAGAGAAAACCGUGAAGGACACAACGGAGAAGAAUGCUGCGCUGGAAGCUCGCGUCACCGCCCUUGAGCUCGAGAACCAAUGGCUCAAGAACCUGAUCACCGAGAAGAACGGCAAGUCCGCGGAGGAAGGCAGGAAAGCCGAAAACGACAUCACGGAUAUGUUCAAAAAGUUUCUUGCUGCACAGAAGACCGAGGGCGAGCGAAGUAAUGGCAACUCCAAGAUCGGCGUCGGCACUUUUUAG